UUACGGUCGUUGCUAUAGCGACUCCAUCCCAACAAUAAACAGUAAAAUGGCUUCCAACCCAGAAUCAGUUUUGGACAAAUCCCGCGAGCUCUCGGCUCUUCUUACCAGGUUGGAAGAGAAUCUCACCAAAUCUCAGGAUAAGAAUGACGCUUUGCUUGAAGCAAUAGAAACUGCAGAGACUAGAGCAUUAGAUAUGUCUGCCUCAGCCUCAGAGCUGAGCCUAUUGAGGAACUUACGGGCAAGACUAGCAGCCAGUCACGCACCUAAUGCUGAGCUGAAGAAUGAUCUACCAAUACUUAUCAAAUCUUUUAAGGAGAAAUUCCAAAGUCUUGACCUAGCAUUAAAGCAGUACAAAGAACUAACCAUUAAGCUACAGCAAGAUGAUAAAGAUAUGAAGGAGCAGCAAGACAAGCUGAACAAGGAGAGGGAAAUCUUUAAUGAAGAGAGGGAGAAAUGGCAGAGACACAUUGAGCAGGCCAGGAAUGAUAUAUCGGAACAAAAUGACAGAUUGACAUUUUUAUCUCAGCAACUGACAGGAACAAAGGUAGAUAGAUUUACGAUACUUUAUAGCGGGAAAUUUUAG